AUGUCAAAUGAAGCGCUAGCUGCAGAAGGAGUUCCCAGAAAUGAAGAUACCGAAAAUCACAGUGCAAGCAAAUUGAUACCUGAGGUUGGCAUGGAGUUCCAGACAAGAGAGGAAGCACAAAAGUUCUUCAACUUGUAUGCUUACGUAGUUGGCUUCUCCGUCAGUUGUGUAUCAUCUUAUCGUACUACAAGCAAAAAUAGAAACAAUGAGGUCAUAAGGUUCACAAUGAAAUGCAACAAAUAUGGGGUAAACAAUCAGGCAGAGGCUGACAACAUUGUAGCACAGAGACAAAGCACAGUUAUAGCCAAGUCAAACUGCAAGGUUGAAAUGGUGGCCAGCGAGAAACAUGGGAUGUGGACAAUAACAAGCCUCAAUCUAUUGCACAACCAUGAACUAUGCCCUCAAAGCAGAUUCUACAGGUCACACAUAUACAUGUCGGAUGGUGAAAAGGAAAUGAUUAGAACAAUGAAACAUUGCAAUAUGCCUACACGGGACAUGGUAGCAGUUUUGGCAUUCAUCAGAGGAGGCAUGGCACAAUUGCCAUACAACAAAAGAAAGGUCAGCAACUACAGCUCAAGUAUAAACAGGGAAGUCAGUAACAAUGACAUGAUGGAGGUACUUGAUUGGUUUUCAAAGAAAAAAGCAGAAAAUCCAGGAUUCCAUCAUGCCAUUGACUUGGAUGGUGAAAACAAAGUGCGGAGUGUAUUUUGGGCAGAUGCUAGGGCCAGACUGUACUAUGACAUAUGUGGAGAUUGUGUCAGCUUUGACACUACAUUCCUUACUAACAAGUACAAUCUCCCAUUUGCCCCGUUUGUUGGUGUGUCACCACAUGGAAAAACAUACCUUUUUGCAUGUGCAUUCAUAAUAAAUGAAAGUGCGGAAGGUUUCAAGUGGUGUUUCAGACAGUUCAAGGAAGCAAUGGGCGGAAAGUGCCCAAAAACUAUUAUAACUGACCAAGAUAAAGGAAUGGAGAAUGCUAUAAAAGCAAUUUUCAAAGAAGCAGUGCACAGAUGUUGCUUGUUCCAUGUCAAGAAGAAAAUCGAUGAUAAAGGCGGGACAAUGUUCCAAGCAAAUGAAGGACUAUAUGAGGAAUUACAGGACAUGAUAGACAAAUCAUUAACAAUCCAUGAAUUUGAAACACUAUGGCAGGCAAUGAUAAAAGAGCAUAAUGUAGAGCAUGUCAAAAUAUUUCAGGAUCUUUGGAAAAGUAAGCACAGGUGGGUACCUGUUUACUUCAAGGAUAAGUUCUUCCCAUUCAUCCAAACAACAGCUAGAAGUGAGGGAACAAAUGCAUUGUUCAAAAAAGGAGUAGGUCCGCAAUUCAGCAUGACAAGCUUCCUAAGGGAAUACCAGCGCAUAAUGGAUAACAUGCAUGCCAAUGAGGAUGAGCUGGAUCAUAAUGCAAUAAACAAGAAAGUGAAUGAAAAAAAGUUCAUCACUGAUUACUACAUUGAGAGGCAGGCACAUAAGCUAUACAAUGUAUCCAUAUUUAGGAAAUUCCAGAAACUCCUAAAGGAUGUUACAAGACUACAACUCAGGGAAGAAUCAAAAGGCAAAAUAUACUGGGUGUUUCAGGCAAAAAAUUACCCAAUAAAGGAGCACAGACAGAGAGAUUACCUGGUUCAAGUGAAUGAACAAACAGAAGAAUACUCAUGCAUAUGUUGUAAAUUUCAAAAAGACGGUCUUCUCUGCUCUCAUAUAUUGAAAAUAAUGCUGCACCUACAAGUAGAAAAGAUACCUGAUAAGUACAUUAUAGAGAGGUGGCGCAAGAGAGAAAAAAAGCUAUUCAAUGAUACUGUGGCAGCGCCAAAUGAGGAUAGCAUAGUUUUGAGAUUUAAUGUACUUUCACGGUUGUUGAGACACACGGCAUCUAAUGGUUCUAAGAAUAAGAGAAAGUACCAGUACUUGCUACAAGAUAUUCCAAGGAUAGAAGCAGAAAUGGCAAGAAUGGACACUGAAACUGAACAAGUUUCAAUAGUGGGACAGAAUAGUUCAGUAAGAACAGUUGUUAACUUGGACCCAACAGCUGAAAGUGCACCAACAAUACAACUAUUAGACCCAGAUGUUGUUGAUACAAAGGGCCGACCUAGACUGCUAACUAUAAAGGAAAGAAUCAAGCAGAACAAGUUUUACACAUGCAGCCACUGUGGUUCUACUAAACAUAAAAGAAAAAUUGUGAUAAACUGCAUUUGA